AUGAGUUGCAUACCAAAACCAAAGAUGCGGGGUCUGCACUUGGCUUCCUGCCGUCGUCACAUAAUUCUAGCAGUGAUAACCUCAGCCUGCUCGGGCCUCCUGUGGAAACUUUUCGUCGCGGACCCGCGGAAGAAGGCCUACAGGGACUACUAUCUCGACUACGAUGCGGAAUUCAGUGCAGAGUACAUGUCGGAAUACCUACAGUCGGGAAAUCACAACGGCGACCACUGA